AUGAUCCGUGAUGAAUGCGCGGAUCGCGUUGAAAUCGGGAGCAGUGACGUGAGCGUUAGCGGCUCUGAAGCAUCUAGCCAAGCCUCAAGAUCUUUGAGACGAGCAAGUCGGGAGAUUCCUUUCGACCAGAUAGACUGCCGUCCCACGAUCUAUCAUCCUGGCGGGAUCUUCGAAGAACUCGGCCCACUCCCGUCCGAAUUGCUUCGUGACCCGCGGGCUCAGUCAUGGGGGAAUGUCUUCGAUUCUUGCUCCUCUCACAAGACGGUGAGGGAUUUAUUGAGGCGAAGUGGAGGUGCCGGCAUUACAUACAUCAUUCCUUCCAAGGGACAGCGUCCGUGGUCGCCUCCGAUUGGCUAUCAGUGUGUCUACGAGUCCUAUUUUGGAGACCAUACGAAGCUCUGGUUUCCAAUUCCCCGACUGAUCACGUCGUACGCAUUCCGUCGGGACAUCGCCAUCUGUCAGUUGCUUAACAGGUCGCUGCGCAUCGCGGUUAUGCUAAUGGUGAUGGCAGCGGAGAUAGACGUUUCGAUGAGUGUGAGAGUAUUCGAAGAGUUAACUUUUACGAAGGCGGAGCCACAUGGAAUAUUUUCAGUGAAGAUGCGCUCGAGCUACAACGUCUUGGCUGGGCACCCGAACAAGACGAAGGACUGGCAGCGCUCAUAUUUUUACGUCAAGUCUGAGCAUGCCUUCUCGGAGCCACCUGGGGACGACUACCGCGUUCUAUGGAACAAAACGCUUGUUCGUCACCCGAAUACGAUCGCAUACCCGGAGAAAUUCUUCGAGAGUGCUCAGGCGAUCGCGGCUCACAGCCAUCUCCGUUGGCCUGAUCUUAGUCGAGAGUGGAUAAAACGUCAAGAAGCUCGGAUUGCUAGAGUUGAUUGGGAAUCGAGACUUCCUGUUGUACUCGGGCCCCGUAAGUCGCGUCUGUCCCUUUUUACUCGGAAACAGCAGAAACUUCUAGACGAAGCUAGAAAGAUGGACGGAGUGCCGGAUUUGAGUGCAUUGUUGAAGGGGAAGCUGCAAUUGCUUUCGAAGAAGUCAAUUCCUGCCGAUGUGCAAGGGUCGACCAGUUCUGACGCAGGUCGAGCUUCCAAGGAAGGAGCUCCUGGUUUAGUCGACAAAGACGUUGGGGCGGAGCCUCCUGCCUCAAGUCCUAAAAAGAAGAAGAAGAGCAAGAAAUCCAGGAGGAAAACGACCGAAGAGCUUCCUCUUGAAGAGAUAGCUUCUCUCGACGAAACCUCCGAGGGUUUGGAAGCAAGGAAGGAAGAGAGAGGAAGGAAGAGACUUUACGAAGGGGCUACUUCCUCCAUUGAUCACGGCGAGGCGCCGGCAGUAGGACGAGAAGGCGCUACAAGGGGUUCCGUCGAGUCUGACCGUUCCGAAGCGGCACCUGAAGAUCGUCCCAGAAAGAAGAAGAAGAAGAAGUCCAUCGAGGCAGAGCCGCGUCCUUCUGAUGUGGAGACGGGCUGUUGGACCCGAAUAUGA